UCCAGCAGCAGCAGCAGCAGCAGCAGCCUCUCGGUGUUUCGGCGGAGCAGGAGGAGAAACAGAGGAGCGGCAGAGCGAUGCUGAGAGCGCGGCAGGAUGUCUUUCACCUCCUCCUCCUGGUACCGGACUCUCCGAGUCUCCCUUCUUCUGCAGCUCCUCCUUAUGCCGCCGUGCCUCCUCCACCCGCAGCCGUGCCACCUCCUGGCUCAGAUCGGACACACGGUGCGCGUCGGUGCGCUCCUGCCGACGCAGCGGGCGGCUCGCAUUCAGGUCCAGGCGGCGCUGAGCCGCGCGGCGGCCGCGAUGAGUCGGGACCGGGACCGGGACCGGGACUUGGACUGGGAACCGGACCCGGACCGGGAGAGUUACAACUUUCUUCCCUAUAACCUGAGCCUGGAGCUGGUGUCCCGGCAGCCGGCGGCCGCGGACCCGGAGUCCCUGUUCCGGUGCGUGUGUCAGGGCGUGGUGGUGCAGGGAGUCUCUGCCGUGCUCGCCUUCCCGCAGACCCGCGAGGAGCUGCUACAGGUGGACUUCAUGGCCUCCUUCCUGGAGAUUCCGUUCCUCAGCGUCUUUGAGCACGGAGAGCCGCUGCGCACGCAGAACCGGUUCCAUCUGCAGAUGGUCACAGGAGUUCCAGAGUCCGGUCUGUCCAACCUGUUGCUAACGGUUCUGCAGCGGUCUGGUUGGAGGGAGGGUACUGCGGUUCUGUGUCGGGGCUGGGAGGAGUCUCGGGGGCUCCUGCGGCUCUUGGACGAUGAGAGCGGAAGCAGUGCAUCAUGGGACGGUGGGGGCAGGGCAACCUGGCACCUGCACGCAGUCCUGAACCUGACGCAAUCGGCACAUGAUGACACGCAGAUCCACGACUUCCUGUCCCGACACUUCAGACAGAACCAGCCUUCACCAGUGUCGGUGCUGCUGUUUGGAGCUGACCCGCAGUGUGCGGCAGCGGUGCUGCGCAGUGCCCAGGACCUGGGCCUCACUCUACCCAUGGUGCACUGGGUGCUGGGCCAGCCACUCAGCCCCGAUGCGCUGCAUGCCAUCGGGCUGCCGCUCGGCCUGCUGGCCUACGGAGAGGUGGAGCGGAAACCGCUGGACUUCUACGUCAGAGACGCCCUGGAGCUCGUCACCAGGGCCGUCACCGCUGCAACCAUGGUGAGACCGGACCUGGCUCUGAUCCAGAAUAUGGUGAACUGCUACGACAAACCCAACAAACACGAGGUCCCAUCAUCAGGACAGUACCUGUCCAGGUUCCUGUCCAACACAUCUUUCUUUGGUCUAACGGGUCCGGUCCGAGUCCACCAGAACCGGUCUCAGGUCCUCACCUCACAGCGUUUCCAUAUCUGGAGCCUGCGGCGGGAUGCACUAGGUCAGCCCACCUGGGUGACAGUGGGCAGCUGGGAGGGAGGCCAGCUACAGGUAGAAGACCAGGGAGUAUGGGAGGGACCCAAACCUCGCCGCAGGACAGAGGGGACAGGCGGGAGGACCAGGGGCCGCUGGAGGGCAGGGAUGCCAGUUGCAGGGAGUCGGGUCCGGGUGGUGACUCUGGUGGAGCAUCCCUUCGUGUUCACACGGGAUGUGGACGAUGAGGGCAGCUGCCCGGCCGGACAGUACUGCCUGGACGCCGGCACCAACAGCUCAGAAACACUGGAGAGAUUUUUUGGGGAGGUGGCAGGCGGGAACGGCAGCUUCCUGCCUGAAGAAUACAGCAAGUGCUGCUACGGAUACUGCAUCGACCUGCUGGAGAAGCUGGCUGAGGACCUAGACUUUGAGUUUGACCUUUAUAUCGUGGGAGAUGGGAAGUAUGGCGCUUGGAAGGGGGGACGCUGGACUGGGCUGGUGGGGGAUCUUCUGAAUGGACUGGCAGACAUGGCCGUCACCUCCUUCAGUAUUAACUCAGCUCGGAGCCGGGUGAUCGACUUCACCUCGCCCUUCUUCUCCACCAGCCUGGGCAUCCUGGUGCGCAGUAAGGACACGGCAGCGCCCAUCGGAGCCUUCAUGUGGCCCCUGCACUGGUCCAUGUGGGUCGGCAUCUUCCUGGCGCUGCACAUUACGGCGCUCUUCCUCACGCUGUAUGAGUGGAAGAGUCCAUAUGGCAUGACGCCUCACGGACGCAACAGGAUCAGGGUGUUCUCGUACUCAUCAGCUCUAAACCUGUGCUACGCCAUCCUGUUCGGACGCACCGUCUCCUCUAAGACACCAAAGUGCUGGACAGGUCGAUUUCUGAUGAACCUGUGGGCCAUCUUCUGCCUGCUGGUGCUGUCCAGCUACACCGCCAACCUCGCCGCCGUCAUGGUAGGAGAGAAGACCUUCGAGGAAGUAUCAGGGAUCCACGACGCCAAGCUGCACCACCCGUCAUGGGGUUUUCGCUUUGGGACGGUGAGGGAGAGCAGCGCAGAGGAUUACAUGAAGAAGAGUUUCCCAGAGAUGCACGAGUACAUGAGACGCUUCAAUGAGCCGACCACGCCUGAAGGGGUCGCCACUCUCAAGACAGAUCCUCCUCAGCUCGACGCCUUCAUCAUGGACAAAGCUCUGCUUGACUACGAAGUUUCCAUUGACGCAGACUGUAAACUUGCAACUGUGGGGAAACCGUUCGCCAUUGAAGGUUAUGGUAUCGGCCUGCCUCAGAACUCUCCUCUGACAUCCAACAUCUCCGAGUUCAUCAGCAGAUAUAAAUCAGAGGGAUACAUGGACCUGCUGCACGACAAGUGGUACAAAGUGGUUCCCUGUGGGAACCGAGUGUUCGCCGUCACCGAGACUCUUCAGAUGGGGAUCAGUCACUUUUCAGGACUCUUCGUCUUGUUGUGUGUUGGAGUGGGCGGAGCUUUGCUGACUCUGGCAGGUGAACACGGUUUCUACCAGCUCGUCCUGCCUCACAUCCGCCGCCGACAGAACCUCAAAUAUUGGCUGCACACCUCACAGAAAAUCCACCGAGCUCUGAACAUGACGUACGAAGAUGUGAAGAAGCAGCGAGCUGAAAAAGAGAAAAGCUGUAACCUGCAGAACCCCCCUCCGCACCUCGCCACCCCCCCUGCCCCACCAGCCCCCUCCGCCUCUGCCAAAUGGAACAACGAGACCAGCAAGGAUGCUGCCGCCGCUGCUGCUGCUGCGGCGGCAGCCGCCGCCUCAAAGGACGCCCGGGACUUCAAACGUGUCCACUUCAACCUGGAGACCCUCAACACCCGCCGCCUGCUUGCUCGCAUUGCCACUGCUGAUGCAAAGGUGGGCGGGGCCAAAUGUGAGGGGGCAGGGCCUGUGAAGCCGAGAGCGGGGGCCAACAGCAGACUGUGUGAGAACGGAGGACCAGCGGCCUCGCUUGCCAGCUUGGUGCUCUCCCUCCCCUCUUCAUCCUCCUCUUCCUCUUCUGCCCAACCCAAUACCGCUGCUGCUCACCCUGCAGCAAUGGCCCCGCCCCCUGCCGCCGUGGCCUCGCCAUCCGCCGUCGUGGCCCCGCCCCAGCCCGGCGAGCUGCAGGAGCUACAGGACCAAAUCGAACAGAUGAGGGAGAAGCUGAAGACUGCUCUGGCCAGGAGGGCCGAGAUCCAGACCACUUUGACCAAACCUGUCGCUACGGUGACAAGCCCGCCUCCCGUCAUGACCACGACGCCCACCGUCAACCCGCCCACCAUUGUCCCAGUAACGCCCCUCCCUGCCAACAUGAAGUGUGUGACCACCAUGACAGACCCGCCCCACAAAGUCCUGUCCAAAGUCCGGCCCCUCCAAAACAGACUGACCAAUCAGAGGAGGUGAUGCUCUAUGUGCAGGUCACAUGACCCUCUGCACACGGCGGCCAUUUUAAACUGCUUUGAUGCCAAAGCUGACUCUCCAUUUGUUUCUGCAGCAGGUAAAUAGCUCCGACAGCGAGACCACGUUAGUAUUCAGCCACGGAAAGUUCCAAACAUUAGUUCCACGGCAAAACCAACUUCCUGUUUAGGUUCCACAUGAUCUGCGGAGCCUCUGAGAGGAACCUCUCAGUUAGGCAGCUACAGCAGAGCACCUGUUAUUACAUGCAUCACAAUACAUGUAUUACUGGAAUAAAACAGAGGCUUUAAUGAUUGCAGAAAUAAAAACGAUUGGUCAAAGAAGAUGCACAUUCAGGGUUGUAAUUAAUAAUAAUUAGUUAUAAUAGAGGGCGGCACAGUGGUGUGGUGGUUAGCACUGUCGCCUCACAGCAAGAAGGUCGUGGGUUCAAACCCCUGGCAGGCUAGGUUGAUUAAAGGACUAGAGGAGGACUAAAUUGUCCUCAGGUGUGAUCGUGAGUGGUUGUUUGUCUAUGUGUGGCCCUGCGAUGGACUGGCGACCUGUCCAGAUGUCAGCUGGGAUUGGCUCCACUACACUUAUUUUGAAUAUCUGCAGUUUAACCAGAGUUUAAAAACUUCUCAAAAUGUUUUAUACUUUAAUUACUAUUCUUUUUUAAUUAAUAUUAAAACAAGUUCCACUAUCACUGCUAUUAUUUGACGUCUCUCUGUGCAACUUUGGUGUGGAUUACUUUAAACUUUUAUACCGAACUGAUCCAACAAAAAAGUAUUCACGUAUAAUGAUGAUUAACCCCAAAUUAACCCCUGAAUUUACACCUUAACUGAAAAAUGAAGGUCCUUCUAAGGUAAAAAUUAAAGGUCAUCUCUGAUGUUGAUACGUAAAUUGCAAAAAAGUGAAGAAAGAAACUUUGAAAAAAAAGAAAUAGAUUAAAACCUGAUAAUUAGCUUUAAAUAGAACCCUGGAUCAUAUUAACACCUCAUCAUUUGUGGAUUGUCAAAUAUUUCAAACCCGUGGAAACUAAUGGGAAACUCAUGAAGCUUUAAAUGAGUUUUAAAUUAAUCUGAGUGAUUCAGAUAAGUGUUUGCUAAUUAAAGGGUAAAUUGAGGCGUUCUUUUUCCAUGGGGAUCAGGAUGUUCUGGGCUGCAGACGGUUAGAGAAGUCAGGAAGUCAAAUCUAAUAUUAGAUGUCACUUUACAAACAUCAGGGACAUCAGAGGCUCCACCAGAGGUUCUUUCAUAAAACUGUGACGUUAGAAUCAGACAAUUUCAAAUGUCCUUAAAGAAUCCAGAAGCAUAUUUUUAUACAUUUGGUAACUAAUAUGUUUUAUAAAGUUUCUGCAACAAGUUUAUGUGAAACUCUCUGUUUUUGUAAAAAAGGUUUAAAAUGGCCGCUGUGACGCUGACACAUGGACAUGUUACAGGAACAAGACUUCCUGUGAGGCUGAACUCAGCAGCUCUGCUCACCAACAAACGCAAGACGGGAGCCUCAGAGGAUCAAAACCUGCAGGACAUCAACGCACCGCCAACAAAACAAGAGGAGGAGGAAACUCAGACGUUCUCCGCUCUGCACAUUUGCAUCCACAGAAGUGUUGCUGCCACUCGGUCGGGUCGUCACAUG